AUGAAUGGAGAGAUGGAGGUGGUGGCCCAGGACCAAGUGUGGGCGCAGGAUGACCUCCUAAAGCUGCUAGAUGCCAUGAAAGUGGCUCUGCCUCAGAAGGAUGUGACAAAAUACAAAACCUCUGAGUCCCACCUGGACUGGCAGAAGGUUGCCUUCAAUUCAUACACAGCAGAGAUGUGCAAGCAGAAAUGGCUAGAAGUCUCAAAAGAGAUUCGUAAAUUCAGAACUCUAACCGAGCUCAUCGUGGAUGCAGAAGACUACAUCAAGAACCCCUACAAAGGCAAGAAGUUAAAGAAACACCCAGAUUUCCCCAAGAAGCCUUUGACUCCAUAUUUCCGUUUCUUCAUGGAAAAGAGGGCCAAAUAUGCGAAGCUGCAUCCUGAAAUGAGCAACUUGGACCUCACCAAGAUCCUUUCCAAGAAAUACAGGGAGCUCCCUGACAAAAAGAAGAAAAAAUAUGUUGAGGACUUCUUGCGUGAAAAGGAAGCAUUUGUACAAAGCAUGAUGAAAUUCAGGGAAGAACAUCCAGACCUCAUGGAGAGCAUGACCAAGAAGGCUUCAAAUGUCCCAGAAAAGCCCAAGACGCCCCAACAGCUGUGGUACAACCAUGAAAAGAAGGCAUUCCUCAAGACGCACCCUGAUGCGACCACAAAAGACAUCAAGGACAGUCUUGGUAAACAGUGGACACAGCUGUCUGACAAAAAGAGGCUCAAAUGGAUCGGCAAGUCCUUGGAGCAGCAAAAACUGUAUGAGGAAGCGAUGCGGGAAUACAUACAGCAGCACCCGGAGCUAAACAUGACCCAGGGAGCUAUGAAGUCCACCCUGACCAAGGCGGAACGACACCUUAAAGACAAGUCGGACGGCCGGCCUGACAAACCCCCUCCAAAUGGUUACUCGAUGUUCUGCGCUGAGCUGAUGUCGAACAUGAAGGACGUUCCGAGCACAGAGCGCAUGAUGAUGUGCAGCCAGCGGUGGAAGCUUCUGAAGCAGAGCGAAAAGGAUGCCUAUCAGAAACGCUGCGAACAGAGGAAAAAGGAGUAUGAAAUCGAGAUGAACAGAUUCCUCAGUACCUUACCGGAAAAGGAGCAGCAGCGAGUUUUGGGGGAGGAUAAGAUUGGUUUUAAGAAGAACAACGCAGCCAGCAGCCCUGCCUCUAAAAAGAAAAAUGCUAAAACAAACGCAAGUCCAGAGAAACCCAAGAGGCCCAUCUCUGCUAUGUUCAUAUUUGCUGAGGAGAAACGAGCCAAGCUGCAGCAGGAGCGACCGGACCUUCCUGACAGCGAGCUCACCAGAUUCCUGGCUCGCAUGUGGAACGAGCUUCCAGACAAGAAGAAGGAGAAGUACAAACGCGUGGAGGCUCUUCUGAAAGCUGAGUCUGAGAAGAAGGAAAGGGAGGAUAGGAGUCGUCUGCCGGAUCCGCCCAAAACGGCCCAAGAAAUCUGGCAACAGAGUGUUAUCGGGGACUACCUUGCUAGAUUUAAGAAUGAUCGACCGAAAGCGCAUAAAGCAAUGGAAACGGCGUGGAGCACCAUGGAGAAGAAGGAGAAGAUUAUGUGGAUCAAGAAGGCUGCAGAAGACCAGAAAAGAUAUGAAAGGGACCUGUGUGAGAUGCGAUCCCCUGCUAAUGUUGUUGCUCCUAUGAAGAAGAUGAAGUUUGAAGGGGAACCCAAGAAGCCUCCAUCAAAUGGAUACCAGAAGUUCUCCCAGGAGAUGCUAUCCAACGGGGAGCUGAAUCAUCUCCCAAUGAAGGAGCGGAUGGCUGAGAUCGGCAGCCGGUGGCAGAGGUUGCCGCUAAAGGACAAGGAAUGUUACAAGAAGAUCGCAGAGGAGAAGCAGAGGCAGUACAAGGUCCUCCUGGAGCAGUGGCUGGCUAGCUUGUCUAUGCAAGAGCGAAAUAUUUACAGAGAGUACAAUUCACAGAAAAGAAGAAAUCCAGCAAAAGCAGGGGCGACCAAGGCGAAGCUGAAGAAAUCUGACACUGAGGAGGAAGACGAUGAUGAGGAAGAUGAUGACGAGCAGGAGAAGGCCUCCUCUGAUGCAGACUCAUCCAGUGAGGAGGACGACGAUGAUGACGACGACGAUGAUGACGACGACGAUGAUGAUAACGACGAGGAUGACGAAGAAGAGGAGGAUGACGAGGUUGAAGACAAAGAAAACAAAUCGGAUGACGAAAGCAGCAGCGAGUCCAACUCGGGGGAAUCCUCAGAGUCGGACUCGGACUGAAACGGCCGAAGCCCUCCAGAGGCGAACUAAGCAGCGCUGAGCUGAGCCAAGAGUCCAGGGAGCUCUGCCACUGUGCCAACCCCGCCCUCCUCUCCCGCAUCGCUUCAUCCAUCCCAAAACCAAUUCAUGUUGCUGCUGUGCUUUAAAAGAAAAAUCAAAACAGCAAAAGUACUGAAAAAGGAAACCCGGCCCUGAAAUCAGUCCGAUUCCCUCCUGUGUGUGACGGUUGCCCACAGCUGACGUUAUACCAAAAACAGCAUCCCACUGGUUUGGUGAUGUCAUGGACGUUUUUUCUCUAAUUUUGUUUUUCCAUUUACAAGCUCUGUGGUGAAUUCGUAAAUGUGUCAGGUUAAUCAGUUUCCCUCCAGUGUUUUUUUUUAUUUUUCUGAUAAGGAAGUUGUGAGCAGGCUUCAGAGCCAAAGAUCACACUUCAGGAGGCAGGGGGGGGGGGGGGGGGGGGGGGGCGUGUGCAGGGCACUGAAAAAAUUGCACUCUUUAGAAUGUCUCCUUUCAUUUUGUUCCACAGGCCGUUGUUGCUUUGUCCUGUAUUUUCAGUCGGCGUUGGUGGUUUAGAUUUGGUUCUUACAAAGGGUGGUAUUUUUUUUUUUUAUAUAUAUAUAUAUCUUAUUUCUCGAGAAAAACCGAUUAAGCCAUUCUGAAUGUCUGUUGGUCGCUUUUAAUGUCUUAAUUUAGCCCCAUUCUUCAUUGAUGUUCAGUAGAUUUAACGUAUCUUCAUCAUUUCACAGCGAAUGUGGCUAGUUCGACAAUUGGGUUGCAAUUUAAAGCCAAACUCUUCGUUUCUCGAAAGGUAAUAAAAACAAUCUAAAGGAGAGGUCAUAUACUGGGGGAAAAAUAUUUUAUUUACAUUUGAACAAAACAUAGCAUCUGAGAUUAUUUACAUCAUAGGAAAAUCUCAAUUGGCUUUACAGCAUGAAACUGUUCCGCAAAUACUGAAAACUUGAUGCAAAUAAAGAUGUUAAAUCUAAAUCUAAGGGGGCUAAAAAAAUCUGUUCCUCCACUUCAGUAGAAAUAAAACUCAUGCAAUAUCAGGUAAACCCACUUAGCUUUGGCAUAACAAAUACUGGAAUUUUACCGCUGUUACAGUCAGUUUUUACGAAAGCAUCGGACCAUAGGAGUCACAGGAAAAGGGAAACAUCUGAAAAUUGUUACUCUGAAGUAAAGGUUAUGGUUUUUUUCUCAUUGUAAUUUGCUGACAUUUCCUACACACUUUGUCCCAUUUUUUGUGAUGGAAUAUAUACAGUUGUGUGAUUAACUAAAUCCCAAGGUUAAAAAAAAAAAGUUUUCUUUCCUUGCAUUUGUAUAUAUUUGGUAAAAUCAGAGGCUUUGAGUUUGUCACUAAAAGCAAAGUCUCACUCUGGUUGAAGCUGUUUUUUCAGCCGUUAAUCCUAACCUCAAAAGGAGGAAUUUUGUUAACGGUGCAGCCGUUCAUUUCUAGCAUUUUCAAGGCAAUAUACCGAUACUUAAUUUGGUGUAUUACUUACAGGUUUUUGAGAGCAUCAUUGUUCUGCUGAGGACCGCAAUUGUUUCAACUUUUAAACUCUUUUUAAUUUUUUUUUUCUUAAUGGCUGCCAUGUGUUUGGUUAUUGUCUGAUGCCCCCCUCCCAGAAAGUGUGCACUUAAUGUAAAUGUUCUCCUCCUGAUGAUGUGUGCACGCAUGCACAUUGCUGUGUAUAUAAAACGACGUGUGCGUUUCUCUUUGCUUUAAUGUCUAGCUGUUUUCUUGCAAACAGAGCUGUGAAUACAGCGUGCAUAUUCGUGCCUGCUUGGGGGCAUCAUAGCAACACCAUGAAUGUACAUGCUGUUUAGUUUUUGGAUUUCCUUGCUCCCCACCCCCAUUGUGUCAUUAUUCACCUAAUUAUGGAUUAAUGGCAAAACUUCCAUCUUUAUUCUGAUUGAUUGGUAUGUGAUGGAAUAUUUGGACUGUCCCAUUGAGUAAAACAAAAACCAACGUCGGCCAUUUAAAUACCUGGGAAGGAAGAGUGACUGAGUCAAAAGGGAGUUGCUGGCAUAUGGGUUACCUGAAGAGUUGGAGUAAAAAAAAAAUGUAAUUUUUCUGUAAAUACUGUUUUUUUUUUUUUUUUUUGUAUUGAGUGUGUUUUGUUUAAUUAGUAUUUUGAUUUUGCAAACCCUCCUCUGACUUCAAGGGCCAGUGAGUCUUCCGCUCACGGAGAAGAGUUUUUAGUUCAAGGUCACCAGUUUUACUUGUUUUUCUCUCUUCCCCUAUGUUGGUUUCUAGAGAUCUGUAAGACAGAAGCUUUACAAGUUUGUACUGCUGAUCAUUUGACAGGAUUUGAUGUUUUCUAUAGAGGAGGAUGUUCUUAUGUCCUUGUAGUUCAAGUAUUUGGGCGAAUAAAGACAAUUAUCUUAUUGUCUUACUGA